UGGGACAUUGUGGUGGAUCGGAUCCGCGAAUACCGCGCAGCGCAUGAGGCGCCCGUGGAUACAGUCGGAUGCGAGGCGCUGACCGAGGAGGAGAAGGACCCGAAGCUGCGGCGGUUCCGGUCGCUGGUAUCGCUGAUGCUGUCGGCGCAGACAAAAGAUGAGAUCACUGCAGAAGCCGUGCGCAACCUCAGCCAGCGGCUGCCGGGCGGACUGUCGCCCAAGUCUCUGAGCAGCGCGCCGAUCGAUCUAGUGCAUGAGUGCGUGCGGCGCGUUGGGUUCUGGCAGCGCAAAUCCAACUAUAUCAAAGAGGCAGCACGCACGUGCCUGGAACAGUACAACGGCGACAUUCCGCGCACUGUACCGCAGCUGCUGUCGCUGCCGGGCGUCGGCCCGAAGAUGGCGUACCUGACGAUGCACGCAGCGUGGCACGACAACCAGGGUAUCGGCGUCGAUACGCACGUCGAGCGCAUCUCGCACCGGCUCGGCUGGGUCAGCGCAGCCGCCAAGACUCCCGAGGCCACACGCCAUGCACUCGAGUCGUGGCUCCCCAAGUCGCUGUGGCGCGAGAUCAACCCGAUGCUGGUUGGGUUUGGCCAGACAGUGUGCCGUGCUGUGGGCCCAAAGUGCGGCGAAUGCCCAGUGGCCAACUUUUGCCCCAGCGCAACGAUCAAG